UAGCAUCAUCAUUAUUCUGGCUGGAGCAAUUGCACUCAUCAUUGGCUUUGGUAUUUCAGAAAUCUCUGCUUGGCUUUUAGUAAUAAAGGGUUUGGCUGUAGAAGUUCCCAGGCUUCCCUUGGUAUUGAUCCUUGCCUCCUGGAUUGCAGGGAAACACUCCAUCACAGUCACUACCUUCACCUCAGCUGGGAACAUUGGAGAAGAUGGAAUCCUGAGCUGCACUUUUGAACCUGAUAUCAAAUUGAAUGGUAUUGUGAUACAGUGGCAGAAGGAAGGUGUCGUGGGUUUAGUCCAUGAGUUCAAAGAAGGCAAAGAUAAUCCUUCAGACCAGGAUAAAAUGUUCAGAGGCCGGACAGCAGUGUUUGCUGAUCAAGUGAUCGUUGGCAAUGCUUCCUUGAGGCUGAAAAAAGUGCAACUCACAGAUGCUGGCACCUAUAAGUGUCACAUCACCACUUCCAAAGGCAAAGGGAAUGCUAACCUGGAGUAUAAAACUGGAGCCUUCAGCAUGCCAGAGAUGAACGUGGAAUAUAAUGCCAGUUCAGAGAACUUGCGUUGUGAGGCUCCCCGAUGGUUUCCCCAGCCCACAGUGGUCUGGGCAUCCCAAGUUAAUCAGGGAGCCAACUUCUCAGAAGUCUCCAACACUAGCUUUGAGCUGAACUCUGAGAAUGUGACCAUGAAGGUUGUUUCGGUGCUCUACAACGUCAACAUCAACAACACAUACUCCUGUAUGAUUGAAAACAACAUUGCCAAAGCCACAGGGGAUAUCAAAGUGACAGACUCUGAGAUCAAAAGGCGGAGCCACCUGCAGCUGCUGAACUCAAAGGCUUCCUCUUGUGUCUCCUCUUUCUUUGCCGUCAUCUGGGUACUCCUGCCACUCUCCCCUUACCUGAUGCUAAAAUAAUAUGCCUUGGCCACACAAAAGCAUGCAAAGUUAUUGGUACAACAGGAAUCUACAGAACUAUUUUUUUAUAAGAUAUGACCUAGUUUUAUAUUUCUAGGGGGAAAUGAAUUCAUGGCUAGAAGUCUGGAGUGAACAAACAAGA